AUGGAAUUUGAAUUGAAACACAAGAAAGCAAUGUCAAAAGAAGAAGUCAACAUGUUAUUGGAUCUAAUUGAAAGUAAACCAAUUAUAACAAUCAAACAAACUGAUGCAACAACAAAUAAAAGUAAGGAGGAAGCCUGGUCAAUGUUAACAGCUUUUUUUAACACGAGAAACGGUGGAAUGCCUAGAAGUAAAGAGCAAUUAAAAGCAAAAUGGGAUAAUUUAAAGAAAGCUGCUCGCAAAAGAGACCAGGAUAUUAAGUUGAAUAGUGAAAAGACUGAUGGCAGUAGACCAAUCUUUAUUCCACCAGAUGAAGUUUUAGAUAAGGUUAUGCAUCUUCUUAAAGCAGGCCGGAAUGCUGGUGAUGGAAGCUUAAAUGUGGCUGAAGAUUCAGAAGGUGCUCCAGAAAAUAGUAUGGACAAUAGUACAAGCAGUAUCAUACCAAACAUAAUAUGGGGACCUAAAAAAGCUAAGAAAAAGAAACACAACAGUUCUGUGGAUUACGUCAGACAGGCGCGAGAUUUAGCAAUUAAAAAAUACUACGAGAAGAAAGUAGAAAAAGUUAAUUUAGAAAUAAAAAUACUGAUGUUGGAAUAUGAAAAGAAAAAGAAUGAAAUAAAACCAGAGACAACGAAUGAGUGA